UACAGGAGAUGACCAGAGACUGCAGACAUAGUACAGGAGAUGACCAGAGACUGCAGACAUAGUACAGGAGAUGACCAGAGACUGCAGACAUAGUACAGGAGAUGACCAGAGACUGCAGACACAGUACAGGAGAUGACCAGAGACUGCAGACACAGUACAGGAGAUGACCAGAGACUGCAGACACAGUACAGGGGAUGACCAGAGACUGCAGACAGUACAGGGGAUGACCAGAGACUGCAGACAGUACAGGGAUGACCAGAGACUGCAGACAGUACAGGGGAUGACCAGAGACUGCAGACAGUACAGG